UUUUUUGAAGUUUCAGCUUCUCAUUUAACAUUUGAAAACAAGGCCAAAAGAAACAAAACAGUACUGGAAAUGACAUGUUCUCUUGCUUCACCACAGCCUUGUAAAUUAUAAGCUCCGUAUUCUGAAUUCCUCUCUUCCUAGGCCUCAUUAUCUAUGAUGUGAUGGAGAUGUAGACAUGAUCAUGAUAAAAUUCCUUCAGUCUCUGCCAUGGUGGAUCUUGAUCAGGAGGAAACUGCACCCUCCAGUCUUAACAUGUCCUCUAAAAAGAAGGAGCUUCUGUCCACAGCCAUGAAGAGAACCAGCGAGUGGAUUUUCUCUCAGGAGAUUCCCAGUGAUGUCACUGUUCAAGUUGGGGGAGCUUCUUUUUCACUGCACAAGUUUCCCUUAGUCUCUAAGUGUGGAUUCAUAAGGAAAGUGGUAUCAGAAUCCAAUGAUGCUGAUGUUUCAGUCAUAGAAAUUCCUGAUGUUCCGGGUGGAGCAGAUUCAUUUGAACUUGCAGCUAAAUUCUGUUAUGGGAUAAAUUUUGAGAUAAGCACAGAAAACAUUGCCAUGCUACGAUGUGCGGCAGAGUAUCUUGAGAUGACUGAGGACUAUGCGGUUGGAAACCUUGUGGGAAGAACCGAAGCCUACUUGAAUGAAGUGGCACUUAAGAGUCUAGCAGGAGCAGUUUCUGUGUUACAUACGUCAGAAAACCUACUCCCCCUUGCAGAGAAAGUUAAAUUGGUGAGCCGGUGCAUAGAUGCGAUAGCAUAUUUAGCUUGCAAAGAGAGCCAGUUUUGUAUGUCUGGCAGGUCCGAGAGUGGCAAUGAGAGUGCAAUUUCUUCAACAAUUUCUAACUCGAAACCUAUUGUUGACUGGUGGGCUGAAGAUUUAGCUGUUCUUAGAAUUGACAUCUUCCAAAGGGUUCUGGUUGCAAUGAUAGCAAGAGGGUUUAAACAAUAUGCUCUUGGUCCUGUGCUUAUGCUUUAUGCACAGAAAGCUCUUAGAGGUUUGGAAAUAUUUGGAAAGGGGAGGAAGAAAAUUGAGCCACGACAAGAACAUGAGAAGAGGGUUGUCUUAGAAACCAUUGUGAGUCUUCUGCCAAGGGAGAAAAAUGCUAUGUCUGUAAGCUUUCUAUCUGUGCUGCUUCGUGCAGCAAUAUACCUCGAAACAACUGUUGCUUGUCGACUUGAUUUAGAGAAAAGGAUGGCCUUGCAAUUAGGACAGGCUGUUUUGGAUGAUCUCUUGAUUCCCUCCUAUUCUUUUACUGGGGAUACUUUGUUUGAUGUAGACACGGUACAGCGGAUCAUGAUGAAUUACCUAGAAUAUGAAACUGAAGGGACCCAUUUUGGCUACAAAGAAGAAGAUGAGUAUAUUUCUCCUCCACCAAGUGAUAUGGAAAGGGUGGGAAAGCUAAUGGAGAGCUAUCUAGCUGAGAUAGCCUCUGACCGCAAUCUAUCUGUCUCAAAAUUCAUUGGCCUCGCUGAACUCAUUCCAGAACAAUCGAGGGUAACAGAGGAUGGGAUGUAUAGAGCCAUAGAUAUCUACCUCAAGGCUCACCCCACUAUAUCUGACUUGGAGAGGAAGAAAGUUUGCAGCUUGAUGGAUUGCCAGAAACUCUCUCGGGAGGCCUGUGCUCAUGCUGCUCAGAACGACCGUCUUCCGGUCCAGACCGUGGUUCAAGUACUUUACUAUGAGCAACAACGCCUUCGAGAUGUCAUGAACGGAAGCAUCUCAAGUGGAGAUUCCCCUGCCAUUUCUUCCAGAGUGAAUUUAUACACCGCAGAUAUCCACCCAGUUUCAGAUGAACUUUCGAGCUUAAAAAGAGAGAAUGAGGACCUGAAACUAGAGCUGGUGAAAAUGAAAAUGAGAUUGAAAGAAAUAGAAAAAUCAUCAUCAGUUAAAUCAGCAGUAAGCAGUCCUAUGGGAAUUAUUCUGCCAUCAUCUGAUAAGCCGCCUUUGCCAAGAAAAUCAUUCAUGAAUUCAGUUUCUAAGAAACUUGGACGGCUUUAUCCUUUUGUGCGCUCUGAUGGAGUUUCACCUUCCAGUGCCAAAGGUCGAACAAGACCCAGCAAAGAUAGGCGGCACUCCAUAUCUUGACACAUGGGGGUUGUCUCUAUCAGUACUUAGUGUCUUUGUUGCUUUAAGGCUUGAGAAAACUUAUAGCUGUCCUUUGUUUUUUUUCUUCCUUCUUUGGGGUGCGUCAUUUCUUGGACCCCUUCUAUAUCUGCUCCUUUUGUGUGGUGUUCCUGUAAAUAAUAUCAUCUUUAUGUUUGAUAAGCACAUUAUACGAAGGAUGGUAAUAGGAAGUGGUAUAAUCAUGGAGGUUUUUUGCCA